GGACAAACUUCCUGCCGUUUGCGGCGGAUCCCGGGCUGCCUUUUGGGUAGGUUUGACGCUGCGUGGAUAGGGUUGUAGGCUAGACCGGUGUCCGCCACCGCGGAUGGCGAGGGAUCUGAUCGGGCCGGCGCUGCCGCCCGGCUUCAAGGCUCGCGGGACAGCAGAGGACGAGGAGCGAGACCCCAGCCCUGUUGCAGGACCAGCUUUACCCCCUAAUUAUAAAAGCAGUAGCUCAGAGUCAUCAGACAGUGAUGAGGACAGUAGUUCAUUGUACGAAGAAGGAAAUCAAGAAUCUGAAGAAGAUGACACUGGUCCAAGUGCAAGAAAACAGAGGAGAACUCAGGAUGAUGACGAUGAUGAUGAAGGGUUUUUUGGACCAGCUCUUCCUCCUGGAUUUAAAAAGCAGGAUGAUUCUCCUCCCAGGCCUAUAAUAGGUCCUGCAUUACCACCUGGUUUUAUUAAAUCUACUCAGAAAAGUGACAAAGGCCGAGAUGAUCCAGGACAACAAGUAUCAUCAUAUUUCAACUAUGAGGAAACAGACAGCAGUGAAGAUGAGGACAUUGUUGGACCCAUGCCUGUAAAAGGACCAGUUAACUACAGCGUCACGACAGAGUUUGAAAAAAGGGCCCAGAGAAUGAAAGAAAAACUGACCAGAGGAGAUGAUCAUUCAUCUAAACCAAUUACAAGAGAGUCAUGGAUGACUGAGCUUCCUCCAGAAAUGAAAGACUUUGGUCUCGGGCCCAGAACUUUUAAGAGACGAGCCGAUGAGAAAUCUGGGGAUCGAUCGGUCUGGACAGACACCCCAGCUGACAGGGAGAGGAGAGCUAAGGAAACACAAGAAGCAAGGAAGUCAUUCAAUAAGAAGGAUGAAGAACAUAUAUUGUCAGGAAGGGAAAAGAGAUUGGCUGAGCAGGUGUCCUCCUACAAUGAAUCAAAAAGAUCAGAAUCGCUUAUGGACAUUCAUCAUAAGAAAUUAAAGACUAAGGCUGCUGAAGAGAAAAAUAAGCCCCAAGAACGAAUACCAUUUGAUCGUGAUAAGGAUCUCAAAGUUAAUCAGUUUGAUGAAGCUCAGAAAAAAGCCCUGAUAAAGAAAUCUAGAGAACUAAACACCAGAUUUUCACACGGCAAAGGCAGUAUGUUUUUAUAAGGGGAUUUCCCUGUGCAAUGAAGAAAAGUUGAAGAAUACUCUAUUAUCUGUCUGUCCACCUUCAUUCCUUUGUUUUGAGUUUAAGAUUGGAGAUUAUUUUAGUCUUAAAAACCAUACAAACUUACCUUGUGCUCUCCUUUACGUUGUCCUUUAAAGUCACGUGGAAACCUAAAGUCAGUAUUUCUUACGUGGAAUAGAAUUUCAUGUGCUUUUGGCUUCUGAUGAAGUGUGGGCUUUUCUUCAAGUAAUUAUUUUGAGGAUUUCCCCCCAUCUCCUAAUUUGUGUGACGUCUCUUAAGUACCCUCUAAGGUCUGGUCAGGACUAUCUGCUAAAUCUCCACAAGAGCUUAGACUUCCUUGUGAGAUACUAUUAACCUGCCCUGGAGUAAGUGUGUCAGGUCCUUGCAGUAAAUCCAUGAAUUGGAAGUUAUUUGUGUUUUCCCUCUAAACUUCAGCCAGUGAAUGCACAUUUACAAAUAGAGGGUUUGGAGGUUUUGUCCUGUUAACAUUUUGCUUGUUUGGGCAAACGGGGCUUUUUGUUUGUUGUUUGGGUUUUUGUUUUUUCAUUGGUUGGUUGGUUGGUUGGUUGGUUGGUUGGUUUUUAAGUCAGAAAGAGGGACCUCUGCAUUAUCUCAUGUGCUAAGGAAAAACUAUUUCGAUUUUUCCAACUUUAAUAAGUAUUUCUAGGGGAGGCAAUCUGAGGGACAAAAUAUGCCAUUAACCAUUAACAGUGUGAAGCCUAGGACUUGGUCUCUAUGGGUCUCAAUCAAAGCUUUCUAAGUCUUUGAACUUUGCUUUGAGAUGAUCUAACUUAACCCAUUUGUAUUUAACAGAUUUUAGCUAAUUUAUUGGGGACUGAUAUUUUAUAUCAAUCAUGAAUAUUUUUUUUAAAAAAUCAAAAUUAGCCCUGAAUGCAAAAAUAUAAAUGGAAACUCUAAUCAUAACCACUCUAAUGAGAGUAUAUUAGUUUGUAAUGCUUUAGGUACUGUUUCUUAAAAUGUCAAAUAGAGCAUUCUAAAUAGUUAAGGCCUAAAUCCAAGUCCUCUAAAUUAUGUUUUCUUACAGAGUAAUUCUAAUUGUUCACUAGUUCUGUGUCCUAGUUUUGAUGAAGUAUAAGGAGUUUUGUUUUCUGUGGGGAAAAAGAACACAAACCAGAGACUAGGUGGGAAGUGUGGGGUUUUAAUGGAAAAAAUUCUGAUUCCUAGGGUUUUUUUAGGCGUUAUGAAAAUUGAGUGAACUGUUCAGAUUAUGGCACAAAUCAGUCUUCUUUACUCUCUUAUAAUACCAGUGUAAGAUAUUAUAGCCUACUCGAGGAGUGUUGCUAUUAAAUAGAUGAAUUAGGGGUGCCUGCGUGGCUCAAUCAGUUAAGCGCUGGGCUUUGGCUCAGGUCAUGAUCUCACAGUUCAUGAGAUUGAGCCCCACAUUUGGGCUCUGUGCUGACGGUGCAGAGCCUGCUUGGGAUUCUCUCUCUCCCUCUCUCUCUGCUCCUUCCCUGGUCACACACGCGUGCUCUCGCUCUCUCUCAAAGAUAAAUAAACUUUAAAAAAAAAAAAAAAAAGAUGAAUUAUUCUCCUAAGGAAAUCGAAAAAGCUUCUUGUCUAAGCAAAAUUGAACUAAAGAUGUCAUUUUUAGUGGGUAAUGCGUUCUGAACACAAAACUUUGUGUAAAAGCAUCCAUUGCUCUCAUUUAAUUUGGUUAUAUUUUUUUCCUUGGUGAAAUGAAGAAAUGUUUUCCAGUUCCUCAUCCUUAAAUAAAUUUCUAACAUUAUGUCUUAGGGAAACUUGGUAUUUUUUAAAGUAAAAAUGUCACCAUUGGUUACUUAUUUUUCCUUGCUUUAUUCGUCUUAAAGGGAUAGGAUGUUUCUGUAUUGCAUAUUUGCUAUUUUUUUCUCUCACCCUUGAAGUGUCUUUGUCCUUAGCAAAAGGAAGAAAAACCUUUUCUUUCUGCAUAAUGCCUUCCAUAAGUUGCCAGCUUACUGCCGCUUUAGAUGUAAUGCUCUUUCAUGCCACCUGAGGACAAUUUUAAUAAAACAUAAGGCCAGACCAGAGGGUUUUUUGUCCCUCUGAGAGAUUAAGCCCAAUAUAACAACACUGAUAAUAAAAGAACAGAGUUGCUAUUUACACAGGAUACAAAGGUGCUCAUGUCAGCCCCUCCCCCUUCCAAAAUGGUAAAAAGCCUAAUUAAAUCAAGUCUCCAUCCAUCUGGAGGGAAAUUGGCAUUGUUGACAUCUUCUAGUAAGAACUUUUUAAUUACCUACAUUUCUUGGUCAAGUUUUAUAGAACGAUGAUGUCUUUUGAAACUUAAAAAUGAAGAAGAGGGGCGCUUGGGUGGCUCAGUUGGUUAAACGUCUGACACUUGACUUUGGCUCAGGUCAUGAUCUCACGGGUUCAUGAGGUUGAGCCCUGAGUUGGGCUCUGCGCUGACAGCACAGAGCCUAUUUAGGAUCCUCUCUCUCCCUCUCUCUGCCUCUCCCCUGCUUUCACGCACAUGUACACACGCUCGCUCUCUCUCGCUCUUUCCUCUCUCUUCUCUCACAAGCUCUCUGAAAAUAAAUAAAUAAACUUUACAAAAGAUGGAGAAGAAAAAAGCAAUACUAAGUUCAAAAGGUGAAGCAGAUACUCCAACUUUCUUUAUUGUUGAAGGUGAUAUCUAAGUUCAGUGUAUCUGAAAUUAUAUGAUUUUUGUCUGCCUGUAUAAAUUGUCAUCUCAGAUAGAUUUAGUUGCUUCCACUAGUGACCACAAAAAAAAAAAAAAAAAAAAAAGCCAUGGUCUUACUAAGAGUUUUUAAUCGUGUUUGGAUGUAGCAACCAUUUGACAUUUAAUUUAUCUCUUGAAAUUUUAAUGGUUCUAUGAAUUAACGACUUGUUUUAGAAGUGAGGUUGAGAUUUACCUGGUACUGAGGCUUACAUGCUCCAGAAUAGAUUAAUACUUAUUCUAUAAAUUAUUUGGUCCCCAAACAUUAUGACACUUUAUAUUUCUUACAUAGGGUGGAUAAUGUUAAUAUUAUUACUCAGAAAUGUGUGAUCUUGGGAGAUAGUUUUCUAACUAUUUACAAGAGUCCUUGUCAUGUCUCUUUCACUUCUUCCAUGGUACUAAGUAUUGUUAGAAAACAAUUCGCUGUUAAUGUAUCUGAGAAGAAGAAUUAACAUAGAGAGAAGUGGUCAGAGAUAGUGCCUGUGCUAACAUUAAUGCCAAAUCUCCUCUAUCAUGAUAGUAAUUUUACUUUGGCCUUGAAUGGCAUCAUGAGAUUUAAGUAUGCAGUUAGAGGUCAUGUAUUUCCUAUUAUAGGACAGGUGUAUGUUUUUGUGGCUUAAAAAAUUGUUUAACUGUGACUGUAUUAUGUACAAAAUCAAAGAGCUAUACACUGCCUCUUUGAAUCUUUUCAUUUUGAGCUUAACAAUAAAAGACUUUUUAGAAAAGAAUUCCUGAUGUAUAAUUUUUUAUGUACAAAUAAAGUUUCAUCUAUAUCUCA